AUAUCGUCUCAAAAGUACCGAUAUUUUUGAUACCGAUACAAUAUUGCCCAUUGCUAGCAGAUUCCUCUUUUGCUACAUAAAUGUAAAUAUUAAACUUAGCUAUGAAUUAUCUUGAUAUUCAAACAGUUGAAUCGAAAUUGGUUGAUGUGACAGUGACACCAGUACUACUAGGAGUAAGGAAGUCACCUGGACUUUCAAAUGUUGUUCUCGGAAACCAGCAACAGCAGUUUCAAAGUCAGUACCAGUUUUCUACUCCGGCAGCAUUAGGCACUGUUCCGGUUAUAGCUACAAGUAAAUCGACGUGUGAAUCAAAUAGUAAUUUUUCGAAGUAUUCUGAGCUAUUGAUGGUGCUCGAAGAAAUGGGUAGCGACAUUCGUCCGACAUAUUCUGGCAGUCGUAAUUCUACAGAACGUCUGAAACGCGGUAUUGUACACGCAAGAAUAUUAGUCCGUGAAUGUUUACUAGAGGCUGAGAAAUCAGCUAGGCAGUAGUAUUAAGUUUUAAUGAAAUAAUUAUUCAUGAUCAAUGAUGGGCAUUCAUAAGUUUUAGACACUCAAUACAUUAUUAAAUUUCCUAUUAUGAACAAAAAAAAAACAGGUUAUACUACGCGCAGGUUUUUUUUUACGUGUUUCAAAUAUUUGCCGUUUAAUUUUAUUGUUCCAGUUGAAAAUCGAAAUAUCGACUCGCGACUUUCGAUUCUUUUACCUUAUGCACAAUGCGCAUAGUGUCGCAUCUAGUGCGCUGUAUUGCGCGUCAGAUGCGUUAUACAGCGCACUAGAUGCGACAUUAUGCGCAUUGUGUAUAAGGUUAAAAAAUCGAAAGUCGCGAGUCAUUAUUUCGGUUUUCAACUGAAACAAUAAUAUUUAGGCACAAUAAUAUGAUCUUUACACUGAUAAUUAAACAAAACGAUUAUAGUUUGCGCAAAUUUUCGAUUUUAGUGUUCACUAAUUUCACCAAUUUAUUUUGUUAAUUGCCAAUUUUUCGGUAAAUUUUAUAACUACCGAAUUUAACGUAUUCUUAAACUGAAAUCCAGUAACUAAAGACUUGAUGAGUUUACAUUCAACAUUCAAAGUAUAUUUGUAUUGGAUCCCA